AUGCUGCUCAGUGUAGGCGCUCCUGAGGUGUUCCAGCUCCAGCCGUACCCCCGAGAUGCAGCCGUAGACAGAAGCAUUUCGCCGUCAGCAGAGCCGGCCGGAUUCGUCCGGCAGCUGACGGCACGUUUCAACGCGCAGGAAGCUUCGUCGGAGGCGGUGGUGGGCGUAAGCGCGAGCAACUGCAACCAGUACCUCUUCGUACUCACUUCCAGGGUGCUCCAUGUCUACAACAACUUCGAGCCGAACAUCCACGUCGGCCACCUGGCGCUCAGCAGAGAAUGGUACGCACGAUAUGGAGCGUUCUGUGGCCUGCACAUGGUACCCGGACUGCGUACCUUGUGCCUGCUGUUGGAGAGGAGGGACCGCGUGCUCGUAUGCACGUACGAAGCCCAGCUCAGCCUGGAGGGGAGCAACGGCUCCGACAAUGGGAGGCACGGCAGUUACUCCAGCCACGGCACGCCGAUGAAUGGGCGUAGCACGCCCAUGAGCGCGCCUUCAAUCCAAGGGUCGCCGUUGAAGGCGCCGCCAAGGGUAGUGGUGGACGCAAGUUUGCGCAGGAAGGGCAGUCUGGAGACGAGCAGCAUCAAGCAUUUGAGGGCGCAUUAUGACAAGGCGCUCACACCUAUCCGCCUCAAGCCGCUGCUGGUGCUCACGUUACCGUCUGCGGUAUGCGACGUCACCUUCGCCGAGGGGCAGAUGUACUUCUGGACGGUGGAGCAGCCGGGGAUGUACGUCACGCUCAGCCCGGAGGGGUUCGUGAACUACCUCGCGUGCAGGACGGCCGACGAUGAGCCGAUGGAGGUGAGCCUGGACCUGCAUGGCACCAACCUCGUGCAAGACAUGGCCGUCAACGGCACGGUGUCCCCGUCGCACGGGCUGUGUUACCUCGCAUUCGGCGACUCGCUUUACGCCAAGAUCAACGACACAAGCCAGGGUAGGGCGGACCUUGAGGUGCUCUACAACACCACCGGGUCGCCCAUAAGCAGCCUGGUGCAUUGGGUAACCAUGACAUGCUUCAGGCAGGGCACUGGGGUCUUGCCACCGGAGUUCGCCCUGAACCGGUUUAGCGCCGACUCGUUGCUCAGCGACCUGGAGAACACCGUGUUGCCCGGAAAGUACACCCUGGAUGAACUCGUUGGCGACGUCAAAUUCCGGCAGGUGGUCAUGGCGCGCAACGCCAACUGCUGCCUGAUAGUCACCGAAAGCGGCGCGCUGAUAGGGCUUCACAUCGCAAGGGUCAAAUCCGACCACAUCGGGCAGCUGGUAUAUAGGGAAGGGGUGGAGCGUGUGGCCGCAGUGGGGUCCAACCUGGUCAUCCACGUGAACGGCGAAAUAAGGGUUGCGUCCUGGAGCGACGGUGGGAUCGAGGAACAUUGGUCGUACAGGCUGCAGAACGUCCGUGGUCUUGCGGCGCAUAACGACGUCAUUAUAGCUUUGUACAACAAUGACGGGUUCAUUUGCUUCAACGUGCUGGGUGCCGUCUUGGCACAUCGCAGAAGCAGAACCAGGUGUGCCACACCCGUAUCGGCGUGCGUUACCGCGCAGGGGUUGGCGUUGAUCGCAACAGAGGAGUUUUCGUUCGUCAAGUACCGUCUGUACAACACGGGGUACAACGAGAUGCACUGCUCGAACCCGAAGAACAAUAGCGUGGCCUUCGUGGGGGAGUCAGACAUCCUGAUCUUCCACACCAGAGCACUGGAAGGCACGUACGGCAUCCCUAGCAAGAAGCUCGCGGAGGAUAGAAAUAACCACGCGUAUGACAACAACGACCUGCUGGGCGAUUUGGACUGCACUCUGCACGCAGUGCCACUGACGGCGCUGGACACCGGUGCUGGGGGGUGGCCGCUCGUGCACGUGGCCCCGAGCCCCAAUGGCAGCCAGCUGCUGUGCUCGACGCCGAACGCAUCGUUGCUCUACGACGGGGAGUGGCGGUGGUUUGGUGAGGACCUGGGCCCGACCAUAGCCACGGGGUGGAUAAACGAGAGCAUAUGUUUCGUGGUCGUCAAGCUGACCAUGCCGUUUGUCAUCGCCAACCGCACCUUCGAAAGCGUUGACAGCAGCGGCGACUACAUCGACAUCGGCGGUUGGGGGACGUCGUACUGCCACUUCUACCACGUCUACGACCUGACGAAGUCCAUUGAGGUGUUGCCGAUCAGGACCUCGCCGCUGAGCUGCACAGUCCACGGCGAGACUCUGUACGUCGUCGACGAUGCCAACAUCAUCGCUGGGUACCACCUCAGAUGUGAAGAAGGCACCUACAAGUUUGACGAGGUGAUAAGGAUGAGGAUAAAAGGGAAGGUGCAGGGAAACAUCAAGGAGGUGCAUUGCCUCGAAGAGAACCACUUCGUGCUGCUGGACGACAGAGGCGGCGUCUACCGGGUGCGGAACGGCGAGCUGACGAAAGUGAUCGACGAAUGCAGCUGCAUUACGUCAGCCGUACACGUGUGCGGCGCUGCUGAGAAGGUGGUGCUGCUAUGCAGUCUGCGGUUCCGUGAGCAGCUGGUCAUGGUGACUGCUGACCGUGUGUCCGUAAUCGAAGCGCAAAUCACCCCCGCUGCGCUCGUCAACGAGGGUGUGGUUGCGUACCUCCUGAACGCACUUGACGCUGACGAUAGCGUCCAAAAGGUGCGGAUCGCAAAACUGAUGCUGCCCAUCGACGACGUUGACGACGCGCUCCUAAGCCCGUUCCACGUCGAGCUGCUUGACAUGAUGUUAACCGUUGCAACUGCCAAAGGCGCGGUUGUGGAACCCGCAUUCCGGGAACGAUUCGCCAAGCUGCCCGGCGAUCUGCAGCGGCGGCUGCUUGCCAGGCAAUCCAGGAAACAUUACGUCAAGGAGGACAUCGAGAGACUGGAGAGUGAAUUCGGGUGCUCUAUCGCAAGUGUAUUUGAUUGCAUGCUGGGUUCCAAACGUGUGGCUGAUGCGAGCUUCAUGCUGCUGGCCUUGCAGUCCGUCACGGACCCCCUCACGGUGCGCAACACAUACAACGUGAAGCUGCUGCAGAUGCUGGUCCAGGAGUUUUGCACGCGGAAGACCAGCGACAACGUGAGCCAGCUGUUCAGCGGCUUGUUGAGUUUCCAAAACCAUGUGGACGGCGUGCAGGGUUUGGAUGUCAGGGCGCUGGUGAAGGCCCUGCUCAGUGAGUGCAACUUCAUGGCUGUGUACAAGCUGUGCCAGCUGCUCAUCGUGGAACCGUCGUCGCUCAUCCAGUCGAUGAGAGCCGACCUCGAGGAUAUGUUUGUUUGGGGCAUAUGCCGGCCCCAGUGCCGCGAUGCGCGCGUGGUAGGCCGGCAACGUCGCCAAACUGAGGACACAGUUCCGCAAACUGCAGACAUGGAUCAAGAUGCAGCAGAACACGACGAUGAGGCAAGAUCAGCGUCGGAUCCGGCAGAUCCGGAACAUACAGAAGCAGGACACGCGGAUGUGAACCACGUUAAUGAGGACGUAAACAUAGACAGCUCCGAGCUCCAUUCAACCGAACAUGAUUCAGAUGACAUGCAGCAAGAUGAUACUCACACAACCGAUGCAAUGCAUGAUGAAACGGUGUAUUGCACAAAAGAGGUGCCGCGGUUUGCAGCAUCCACUCAAGAGGCAGAUCAGCCCAUGGACCAAGAUGGACACCAACCAGGACUCCCCACUGCUGCUGACAGCUGCUGUGGCGCCGUGGUUGAUGUCGCCCAGAUGGUGGUUGCCUUGCAGACGCAGCUCGGCCUCCUAGGCGAGACUGAGGAGGCCCGCGUGAGCGACGCCCAUAUCAAGGCGCGUAACGACGUAUUGCGUGAGCAGCGCAAAACGCCGCUUAAGGUGUCACCCUAUGCAGGCACCGCAAUAUGCAGCUACUUCUAUGACGCAUUUAUUGCACAAAAUCUGUUCGUGCCGGCAGUGGCGAUUGCAAUCGCCUGCCGCAACUUCGUGGCCGUAUCGCAGGUUAUUCUCAAGGACCCGGAGUCGAGCCAUGUAGUGCGGCACGUGAUCUCCCACCACUGCGGCUGCAGCCUCUGCGAGUCGAAAUUCAACCUCAUCAAGCACUGCCUCCUGGAGGCCAAGCAACGCUUCACGCGAUAG